AUGUCGAAAACGGGUCUAAAUUACUUCGAGGAACGGCGGAGGCUUGCACCCGUCACAUUGGAUUCUAAUAUACUUGCGAGAACCUUUCGAUGUGAAGAAUGUACGAGAAUUAAUAAUGAUAUCUUUAAAAAGGUGGCGGAACUCAAAAGAUCUGGGCUUAUUAUUUAUUUGCACAAGGAAGAAAGAGAAAUGUCAACAAGCAGGACGUCUAAUUGCAAGAAAUAUGAUACGUUCAUAUUACACAACACCAGUGAUAGCGAUUUGACGAGGCCUAGUUAUAUCGGUGAACUUUGUAAAUAUAAAACGAAAUGUUUCCAUUGCAAGUCUUUAAUACAAAGAGUUCAUGGAUUAUUAGAUAAAAUAAAAGCUAUAAGAAAAAAUGAGGCAAUAGGUGUUUGUGAUUACUGUAAACAGUCAAAUACAUUGUCCAAAUGCAAAAGAUGUGAGUAUGUAGUCAAUAAGUUUCUUAAUAAUAAAGUUAAACAAUAUGAAGAAAAACAAGAAAGACUCAAGACAUGGUUUUACAAUGUGAAAUUGUUUUUGCAAUCGAUUCUAGAAGGUAAAAUAAUCUGUAGACAUACAAUAUAUCAAGGUUCGGGAGAGGAAUUAAAAAAACUUUUGCAAGAGCUAAAAUUACUAAUGUCUAUGCGUGAACUAAACAUAGGUGUUUUUCCGAUGACGGACAAUUUUAUAACUGAUCAAAGUUUAUCAGAAAAUAAAGAUUUGAUUAAAGAUUUAUUGAUCAAGCUGAAUUCUGAGGAUAUAGUAAAGCGUUAUGAUUCAAAUGAUCAUCUUUAUACAUCUUUAUCAAAUAUUGAAAGUAACUGUGCUUGCAAAUAUCUCCAACGAGAAAUUUUGAAGGAAGAAGUUUCAGUAACUUAUUUAAAAAAUAUAGAUCACGACAAAAAAUAUUCUUCGCUGGAAUCUGUUUUUACAAAAAAGAAGUCACAAGAAGAGGGAAACAUAGAUGUUAAAACCGAGAAAAAGAUAAUUACUAAACAAUCCGUGACUAGUAAGGAGAAUGAUAUAAAUUAUACCAAGAAAAAAGUUGUUAAGAAAUUGCCAGACUAUGAUCACUUAAAAAUAAAAAAAGCGAAUGAAAAGAUGCUAAAGGAAAAAUCAAAUGAAGGUGAAAUAGAAAAAAAGAUUAAUGAAAAAUUAUCAGUUAAGGAAAAAAUAGAUUAUAAUAAGGUACAGAAAAAAAGUAAUGCGAAAUUGAUAAUGAAACGAAAAUCAGAUGUCGGCAAGGUAGAGAAAAAAGGUAACAAAAAGUUGUCAAUAAAAGAAAAAUCUAAACUUUCUAUAGAUCUUAUACAAAAAAUCAUAAGAGAAAGGCAGCAAAUGGAAAAGAUGAAAGAAAAAGAUAAAAUAAUAGAAGAAAAAGGAAAGCCUACAGAGGCAGUAAAAUCGCCAGUAAAUGAAGAGUUCUUGAACUUUAAACAUAAUAGAGAAGAAAUUGGAGAUACAUCUGAAAGUGUAAUAGAAUGUCGAGAUGGAGAUCCUGAUUUACAACUAAAAGAAAUGAUCAAGGGUACGGAAAUUGUCCCUCUUGAUCACAUUUAUAAAAAAUGUAUUCGAAGCAAAAAGCCACUUUUAUAUAAACUGGGAACAACGUUACUUACUUCUGAUAUCGAACGUGUCAUGUCUAGUUCUACUAUCGAAGAUACUAUAAAAAUACCAAAAAUUAAAUCUGGCGAUGAUAAUAGAUUGGGUAAAGGCGUUAUAAGAUAUAUGUUAUCCAACCGCGAGUUCAUUGAUAAAGGUUGGACUAAAUUACCAACUACGAAAAUUAUGAGAAGGAUGAAUAUUUACAAAAUGAUACCUGCCAAUCCCAAAUAUGAUUGGUUUGAGCGACAUAAGAAUAUGAAAAUUAUGUACUAUGACACUGGUGAGAAAUUGGCUGAAAUCAAUAGCGAUGGAUGCGGUAAAUUAUUUUAUAAAAAUGGCAAAGUAGCGUUGGAUUAUUAUAAUAGUGAAGAACAAAACGCUGGUAAUAGAUAUGUAAUUUUUAGUUCAGGGGAAAAAGAUGGGAAUGGCAUUUUUAGGCCUACAACUGUACUUGGUAUCUUUGACUAUAUAGGUAAUGGAGUUGUUUAUGAUGUUACAGGUAACGAAAGAUUGAAAUAUAAUCAAUCUGAAGGUAUAAUCAUAGACCGGACAAUUGGCCCUUCAAGUCACUGGAAAUGGCACGAUUUAAAUGAACCACCAGUCUUACAGUCAGUAGUUUUGGAUGACUACGUAAAAAGUCAGGAAUCUUACUUCGAAGAGCUUACAACGAACCAAAAAGGUAAUAAAUACGAAACGAGCAGCAAGCAUUCUAAAGAUUCAAAUAUAGAAAUGGUUAAUAUUGAACUAGAAAAUUUUGUAAAGGAGAAAGCUUACAAAUUAUUACAGAAAUUCCAGCCAUUUCAGAUAAAGAUGAAAGCUUUGAAGUUGAAUAGGCAAUUUUCCUUAAGAAUACUUGAUCAAGCAAAUAUUUACCUGUUAUUUAGAGAAGGAAAAAUUUCUUUGAAACUUAAUAUAGGGCUUCGCCUAAUAAGUAAUGAAAUCGUAGAUACUGAGACCGCUGAGGUGUCUCAAGUGGCGACCCGAUACGAUUGUCUCCCUCCAAAAAGCCACAGUGUGGCUGAGAUUCAGAAAUAUAUAAGAAGAGCUAGAAUGAUUAGUAAAGUUAAAAUCGGACCUGAUCUUCUACUAUCCAAAACUUUAAAUUAAUUUCAAUUAAUUCUUUUAUUUGGCCAAUGAUUAUUUUUAUUUAUUUUUUUAUCUAAAUAAUUAUUUUAAGUACCACUAAAGAGUUAUGUUAUCAUAUUCAUAUUUUUCUUUUGUUUCUUAGUUUCAAGUAGCUUAUUUCAGUUAAUAUAUAUACUAUAGGAAAUAAAUGCAAAUUUUUAACAUUUAUCUAUUUUAUUUAAACUCGUCAGAAAUUUAUCAUUUAAAACACUUUUACUAACUCAUCAUAAAAUAAAUAUAUACUCGAGUUUUAAAGCGAAGAGGAUACGCCUGUAUCCUGUGUUACUUGAACA